AUGGCGCUGUCAACCUUCGCUGCAAAAGGUCUCGAGUUAGCUGAAAGGGGCUCCUUCAUACUUUAUGGUGCUGGUUAUUUUACCGAAGAGGAAUGGGUCAAGUUAGAUGCUUUACUUCAUAUGGGAAAAUACGUCUUCACGAAUGGCCCGGAAACCUCAGUAACAAGUAUUCUCGAUGACUUGGAACCUAGAGAAAUUUCGGCGACUGGGAGUGAAACACGAUCUGAAACAAAGAGCAAUGCCGAAGAAGAUCUCCUUAUUUUUGACGAGCCUCCCGAGGAUAAAACGAUAGAAGUUGAUUGUUCGGCCACAUCCGUUGAUAGUGAUAACGAGAUAAUUUCAAAGUUACCUACAAAAGUUGUGGAAUCUAAUGACGAUCAGAAUCAGCACAAGCAGGAUCAUAGGCAAUCACCAAAAAUAAUCGCGCGCAACGAUGCCUCUAUCACUCCUAGUAAAACACUUGCUCGCUCGAGUUCUUCGCAAUCAGUUCCUAUCAAUACACAAUCUAGAAAGACAAACCCUUCCGUCUACAUUGGCAAAGUAUUCGUGGCAACAAAAAGGUUUGAAAGACCAAAAGGGUUUUCUGCCAAGCUAGAGGUUUCUUGUGGUGAUAAAAUCCAAGUCAUGAAAUAUGUUUCUGGCAAUGAAUAUCGAGGUGUGAACCAGAGGACGGGGCAGUCUGGCCACUUCGAUCUCUCCAUCAUUACAGCAGACACGAAGACCAUCAACACAGAAGCUGAUGGUGGUAAUACAGUUAUGGGAAAAGCCGGAAGCUUUUCUAUGGAUGAAGUAGACAGACAAAGAACUGCCGAAUGGGAGAAUGACAGUGAAUAUGGUGAUCAAUCUCCAUCGAUAGGGCCACGUGCACAAUCAGCUACGAGACGCGGCGGUAAAGGUAAAAAGCUGGUAGGAAGCCUGGCUGGUUCCAGAUUUGCCUCUCUAGCUGACAUUGAUCACCAAAGCGUCAACGAGAGCGAGAACGCUGCACUUGAGUCUGUGGUCUGCCGUCAGAAGACUGAACUUAAUAGAGAUGUGCGUGCAUUGAAUGAACCAGCAAAUGAUGACAAGAAAUCGCAAAUCGUGCUAUAUCGUCACUCAAAUAGUACUUCACCAAAACCAGACGACAAUAUGCCUCGAAACAACACAAGAGAAAGGCUACGCAACAAGCCUUACGAAAUCGUCGUCCCAAAGACCGAGGUUUGCUAUUUCUGGUCGCUGCCAAAGGGAUGUCGCUACACAGAAGCCCAAUGUCGCGACCUCCACGAAGAACGCGAAUACACACUGCAAACCAACCUCCGCAACGGCAAACCAAAUCCGGGAGCCCUCUACGACUCCGUACGCGAGAUUCCCUCACCGGCCCCGGGAAAACAUCAUCAACCAGCCAAGGACCCCUCUACUACCGUCGGAAAACGUUUCACGUGUUUCUAUUGGGAUCAAGGAGGCUGUAGGAGAACGGAGAAAACUUGUGAUUUCCUACAUACUUAUGUGGGAAGUGAGGGGAUCUUGCAUAGGGAAGUACAGACUCAGGCUGUGAAAAACAAAAAUAGGAAAUUGAUUGGCAAGCCGAAGUUUUCUGAUACGGAUAAUGAUGCCGAGGCAAGCGGAUGGGGUGAAAGUAGUUCCGGAUGGGGAUUCGUUUCUCAAUCACCGCCUUCCAGUGAUAAGUGGUAG